AUGAAUUACCUUCUUCUACCCAGAACCUGUUAUUUAUUAUUGUUGUUUGCCAUUUUUGUCAUAUGCUUUUUACAAUUCGGGUUACGUCUAAAAUCUACAGAUCAUACUUAUAGCACUGCCUCUACGCAAAAUAUUAAUAAACAACUGUGUAAUAAUUUACUGGCAUCCUACCACAAAUGUGUUGCCUAUUCAAGUAGUUUAGCCAACAAUGAAAAUGUCGAUAAUGGUUGGGAAAUGACUGUCGUAUUAAGACGAAAACUUGGAAGUCAACCUCUGACUAAUGCUUCAUUAUAUUGGAAUGAGAAUGAUCGUUUCAAACGUUUGAACAAUUUAUCUUCAACAAAUUGUAAAAUUUUGUAUAACGGCGCUCAUAAAGCAGGAACAGAUGGACUACGCUUUUUACGGGAUUAUCCGUCGUGUCGUGUAUGGUUUUUGGAGCCCAUACCAGCGUUUUUUAAUAGCUUAAUUCAUUCUCAUCGCAUUGCUCACGAACUAGGAAAACAGCGUGGUUUUGCGUAUAAUAUUGGUUUAUCGAAAGCAAACGCUAAUCUUGAUAUCAGUUCUCGUGAUCUAAGUGAUGAUCAAGGUUUAACAUUGAUUGGGAAGACGUCUCAAAAAAACAGUACAAACAAAAAUCAAUUAGUGAUACGGGAUAUUAGUGAAAUCUUAUUCGAAUAUAAUUUUCUCUCAAGGGAGUUACCUAAUCCAGGUGAAUUCGAUUUACUUCAUAUGAACUGUGAAGGAUGCGAGUAUGACGUUCUAGAAAGAUUAAUUGAAACAAAUUUGAUUCGUUAUAUUAGAAUUAUACAAUUUGGUUCACACCGUCCUAAAGCGAUUCGAGCAACAAUUGAUCAGCGCUACUGCUGCAUACAACAACAAUUAACUUACACACAUGAAAAACAAUUUGGUAUACCAUGGGGAUGGGAAAGAUGGAACCGAAGAAACUAA